AUGCUUGCCAUGGUCAAGAUCAUCGAGGCAACGAAGUUGCACACCAGAGGCAGCACCAAGCCACCAACCGAAAACACUGACCCACCCAUUCCUGCGAAGCAUAUUAGCGGGCUGAAGGAAUUGAGCAAGUGGUCGAAUGAUCCCUACAAGUACGCCGCAAAGGCUCGGUACUUUUCACUCGAGACCAUGAAAGACCAAGACACAAUACCAGUCAUAAACCCGGCGAGACUUAUUCCAAUGGACGACCCGACACCGGACCAGGUGCAUGUCCAAGCGAAGCAGAGAGAUAUCAUGCUGAAGACUGUGAAUUGGCGUAGCACUUCGGCUGUGUAG